AUGGCACAGUGUCUCAAAUUAGCUGUUGACACCCGUAGUCGACAAAUUGAAGUAGAUGUGGAAAACCUGGAUACAUGUAGGAAUGAAGAUCUACCUCCACUGUUGAAAUCUGAGGCACAACCAGUCAUUUUGGAAGAACACCACACAAAACCUCCUGAGAAAAAGCGUAAGAGGCUCAAGAUUGUUUAUAAUAAGAUAUUAAUUUGUCUGACAAGAAUUAAAGUAAAGAUUGUUUUAUUUUGUUUUCUCAGGGGCAAAUCCAAGAACCAAGAUUCACCCACCCCUGAAUUUCCAAUUGAUCCUAAUGAGCCAACAUACUGUUUGUGUAAUCAGGUCUCAUUUGGAGAGAUGAUUGGAUGUGACAAUGAAGAGUGCCCAAUAGAGUGGUUCCACUUUCAGUGUGUGGGACUCACAACAAAACCCAAAGGCAAAUGGUACUGCCCCAAGUGUACAAACGAACGAAAGAGAGAGCGGAGCUGUCUUAGAUAAUCUCCUCCUUGGUCUUGUUGGUUUCUGUGAAUAGUGUAGAAUUUGAAUCUCUUGUCGCGCCACGAAGGAAAAUGUAAUAUCAAGGACUCUAAAGUUCUUAAAGUGCAGCGAUACGAAAUAUGAAAUGUUUUUCAUUGUAACGUUUUUAUCGUAGAACUAUGAAUAAAUUGUCCAAAUGCUCCAAAACUGGUUCGUCUAUAGUCUCAAGAUUAGCUUUGAGGUCACUCAACUGGUACGGUCAAAUCAAGUCGUGGGAACAACGGCAUUUUGGCAAGCCUAGGUGGAUUCACUCGUACAGUUUCCGUUUCGUAUUAUCCAAUGAAAGAGUAGCUCUAGCAUUCGAGAGCAUGCCGUAAGUUGCCUAGCAACCUCGAGAGGUAAACUGCGGGCUCGGUUUUGCCUGUGUCUUUGGAACAGUUAGUUUCGUAAACGCAAGAACAGGUAAAUAUUUUUCGAGAACAAAAAGGCAUUGGUAUGAAAACUGGUAUUUGAGGUCAUGUAGGAGAAAUCUUGGGCGAAGAAUUCCUGCAACCACUUAUGUGAACUUCACUGGAUGAGAAGUCUUCUUGUUUCCAGUAGCAACAGUCUCACAAGUGACUGCGAGAUGAGACUCGCCCCAGAUUUCUUCUGUUUCGGCGACUCUUUGGAAUGCUACGGUGUUGAUGAUAUAAGUACUGUCAAAGUACGCAGCAGAUUUGCUCAGAUGUAACAUGUUUUUGGUAACGUAAGAGUUCAUGUGGUGUAACGAAAUUUACACAGUGGUGACAUUUAUGUACAGGUUUAAUUAGAUGACCACAUUAAUAAAUGUAAACUACUUGUACAUUGCGUAAGUGGUAAUUGAAGAUGUAGUCGAUUAAAAAAAAACGUCUGUA